AACUAAUUUGUUUGAAAAAGGAACUUCAUUUUAUACGUGGAAAUCCAGACAGAACGCGGAAAGGUUAAUGCCAUGGACGAAAAGCCAAAACCGGGAUCACUUAAAACAAAAUCUUUCGAAUUUGUUCUGGAGAAGUUUUUUGAUGAAUUUAUAACAGUUUGGUAUCGGGAAAGAAUCGUAGGUGCUACCGUUUAUGAUAAAGCUAGACGAGAGAUUGACAUAUUGAAAGAUAAGAAUACUAAAUUAACAAAGAAAAAAGGAGAGAAAACGGGUGACGAUGCAUCUACAGGUAGGCGUUUACCAUCUGCAGGUAGUUCACGCAGCCAGAGUGAUCCUAAGCCGGGAAAGCGUAAAGGUCCGCCUGCAGACGUUAAUGCAGCAAACAGAUUGACUAGUGAAGGAAGUAGAAACGUUGAAAGUAGACUUGAGCAUGAUGUUCAGCUUCAAAAUAAAGAACUCGUACAAAAAGUAAACCAUUUGAAACAGAAGGUGCAUGAAAUUCGCGCUGAUGCACACUAUGAGUUGAAAGAGAAAGAUGGCCAGAUUGAAAAACUAAAGAAAUAUCUUGAAAAUUUGAGAGAACAGAAUAAUGAUUUGUCAAAACGAUUAAGCAAACUAGCUGGGGACAAAUUGCGACAAGGAAAUCCCGAUCUAGCCGACUUAAGUGACCGCUACAGACCAACAGAAAUAGGCAAAAUGUUUUCUGAAGUUUAUGACAAUGAAUGGUCAGAUGCUUAUGAGAAUAUAUCUAAAAUGGACGAAGACAAAAAAGUUGGAAUUCUUCAUGGGAUAGUGACAAAGGCCUUUAAUUUCUGUGAUAAAAAAUUCAAUGAGCAGACGAUGACUGUUCGGACAACCCUCCUAGGCUUGGAACAGGAAUCAGCAGAGGAUAAUAGGCCUGAUAAUGAGUCUCAAGGUCCGCAAGUGGGUAACAAAACUGAACGUUUUACGAAUAUUCAGAAUAUAUUGAAAGAUGUUAGAAAGGAACUAGCGAUGGAAACUGCCGGAAAUGUAGCUCAACAAUUCACCCCGACACUUGGGCAGUAUGUCAGUGGGUUUGGCAUUAAACCAAACGAAAUCGACAAAACGUUGCGCAUUUAUGCGGCGAAAUGUGUUGAACUAUGUUGGUUGAUGGCUGUAUGUGAUCCGCCAAUGGCUUUAUCCGAAGAUAAAAUUGGCAACCCAUACGAUACUAACAUCUAUAAACCUUACACCAGGUCCAUGAAGGAUUUGAAAAACCCAGUUUUAGAAUUAGCUAUAUGGCCAGCUCUUCGCCUUCAUCUUGGAGGGAGUUUAGUUGCUAAAGGAGUUGCCCAGCCAGGAGAAGGAAAAUCAAAGAAAUAAACUUGUCCACAACUACAUAUAACUGUGAAAACUCAGUGUGGCAUUUCCAUUGGAUUGCUGUGUGUGUAAUUAUCAUUCAGUCAUUUCAUUUUUCGAUUGACCUGGAGUUCAAUUUCUUACAACAAAAAGUAACAGGAAUUUAUAUAGUCGGUUAAAACAACAUAAAUAUUGUUUCUUGUUGGUUAGAUGAAAUUCUCUUUAUUCAUGUAAAUUACAAAUAAAAAAGACUGCUUUACAGAAAUAUUCAAACAAGAGCACCGCUAUCGCACACCCAAAUGAAAAUGUGUUUGAGUAAUCAAAACUUGUCUUUAAUUAGGGGAAGAUAUUCAAAAUGUAAAUGAUAUACCAAAAAAUGUUCUUAAUACUCAAUGACCCAUAGGUGGAAGCUUUUUUACCCUAAUUGCAUGAUUCAUAUAACUUUUGUAGAGGUCUACCAGGCAAUGCUACAUGCCAAAUAUAUAAGCCCUGAGCAUUGUAGCUUUUCACAAAGAGAUUAGAUUUGUUUUGUUGUACAUCAAGUCUACAUAAGGCAUUUGAACCGCAGGGCAAGGUAAAUUUUGAACCCGGGGCUAUUGUUAAUAUAAUUUUUGUAGACGAUUUCAUAUUGAUGCUUCAUAACAAAUAUCUAAGUUCUGGACUUUUAUAAAUUAGAAGUAAACAAUUUCAAGAUAUGCUUAUUAUACAAUUGUGGCACCAAUUUGGGGCCAUUGUUUACCUUAUGAAACUUUUGUAGAAGUCAUUUUAGCAGUGCUAAAUGCCAACUAUCUAGGUCCUGUGUAUAUUCAUACAAUAAGACUUAAAAUGUUUUUUUCAUAUAGAAAUAUUACAUUAAUAUUACAUAUCGCUCUCACAGAAUAAGGCUUAAAUUCAUUUUCCGAUUAAGUCUGUAGAAAUCAAGUGACCCCAGGGAGGUUACAUAACUAGCCCAAGGGGCAUGGUGUCCACAAGGCAAUGCCAAAUAUCUUAGCUUUGUUCAUUGUUGUUUCACACAAUAAGAUUCAAGUAUCUUUAUCCUAUGUAAGUCUAUAUACCCUAAGAGAGGGCAAGGAGCAUGAUGUCCACAAGGCAAUGAUAAAUGCCGAAUAUCUUAGCUCUGUUCAUUGUAGUUUCACACAAUAAGAUUCAAGUAUCUUUAUCCUAUGUAAGUCUAUACCCUAAGAGAGGGCAAGGGGCAUGAUGUCCACAAGGCAAUGCCAAAUAUCUUAGCUCUGUUCAUUGUAGUUUCACACAAUAAGAUUCAAGUAUCUUUAUCCUAUGCAAGUCUAUACCCUAAGAGAGGGCAAGGGGCAUGAUGUCCACAAGGCAAUGCCACAUGCCAAAUAUCUUAGCUCUGUUUAUUGUAGUUUCACACAAUAAGAUUCUUUAUCCCAUGUUAAGUCUAUAUAAAUGAAGUGACCCUAAGGGCGGGGCAAAUAUUGACCCAAAAGACAUGAUUAAGGUGAGGUCCACAAGACAAUGCUAGAUGCCAAAUAUCUAAGCCCUUAGUAUCUUUUUUCAUACAGACUGAACUGUUUUUCCUAUACAGGUUUAUACCAGGGAGGGGACAAUAUUGACCAAAAAACUUUUUUCGUAAGGAUAUUACAGCUUAUUAAGAGUUCCCUUAAUUCUGAAAAAAAACCCAUCUAAUAUCCAAGCUUUAGUGUCCACAACUAGUUAACCAUAAUGUAAAUUUUAUUUUAGUUUUGCAUGCAGAUGUCCUUAUAUAAAAUGACCUGUGUUGUCAAUUUUUCAAUCAUAAAGGUGAUCAUAACUUAGAUCAUUUUUGUAAAAGUCCGCAUUGCAAUGGGACAAGCCAAAUAUCAAAGCUUUGGACAUAAUUAGUCUAUAUACAUCAAUUGACCCCAGGACAGGGCCAUUGUUGAUUUGAGGAAACCAACCUGCACAUCGUCUUAUUAUUAGUAUUAUUUCUACCAAAUAGUUUCAAUUUCCGUCUAUUCGUUCAGAAGAUAUUGAGCACACGAAAUUUUGAAAUUCAUAUGUAAUAACUAAGUGUGACCUUGCCCUGGGGUAGGUCUUACCUGUGCUCUGCACAUCGUUUCAUUAUGGUUAACAUUUCUGCCAAGUAGUUUCAUUUUUCCGACAUCGUUUCAAAAGAUACAGAACCAACGCCUAAUUGCUACAGAUUGCCAGGUGCAUAACAAUAUACGCCAACAUUUUUUUCAGAGCUACAAAAAGAUCCUAACAAGGUUUCAUGCAGAAAUAUUUCUUCGUGUGUUCGGAGUGUUCACAGAUCGAGGAAUAAUAAAAUAAAAUAUAGAAACUUUAAGAACAUGACGACAUUCUGAAAAUUUAAAAUUGCAUUGCCUCUCAUUAUGAUUCAUGAUCAUAUGUUUAUAAUAUUAUUUCAUCCACCUUGUAGUAUGUAUCCUGUUGUGUGAUGCUAUAAUUAAAGAAAGAAACUAUCAUAAUUAGUAUUAUAUUGGUUUAUUUAAUAGCAUUAAACAUUGCCAGUUAACACACACCAUCACUAUUUCUCAGUACAGUCUCUUGACCGAAUAGAAAACAAAAUUAACAGCACAAUUAUCUAAUAAUUUGACAAACACUUUCAUCUGUGUAUUCCAUGUUUAGUCACUGUAUCCUACCGUAUUUAC